UUACUAUAUAAACAGGUUUAUAAUAACAUGUACGAGCCGUUUAGGUCAACGUUUUAUCAUUAAAAUUAUAGCCAAUGAUGUUUCACCGUCUAUAUACAGCACAGAACAACGUCGAAGGCGUGUUUAAUUGAGUGGCCUAUGGAAUAGGUAUAUAGGCCUAUAUCGUUCAGAAUUAGAUUAACGUAACAGUAAAGUAAACUAGAGUACAAGCGAAACGCCCAUAUUAGAAUUUUGCAAUUAAAAUACAAUCGUUUGUCGACGCUUUCGCUUAACCUAUGACUUGGUCUACAACAAAAACAGAUUAGAAACCUACUGUGAAUCAUUAAAUCGUAUUCGCAACAUAAUGUCAUCGGAUAAGCUAACAGAAGAGGAACAAGUUAUCUUUACCGAAGCAUUCAAGAAGUUUGACCCGGAAGGGACUAACUUUAUCUCGAUUGAUGACGUAGGAAGCGUUCUCCGAGCAGCUGGCCAAGCACCAACUGAGUCCGAAUUGGAGAAAUUUAAAAAGGAACUAGACCCGAAAAACACUGGAGAAGCCGCUUUUAAAGACUUGAUUGAUUUGUAUGCGAGGAUAAUGAAAACUACUCUGGAGAUGGAUGACGAACUGACUGAAGCGUUCAGAGUCUUCGAUAAAGACCUGAAAGGUCACAUUAUGGCGUCAGACCUACGUCAUCACCUAACGACGUUGGGAGAAAAGCUUUCACCCGAAGAAGUUGACGAAUUGAUAAAAGAUGCAGACUCGAGCGGGGAUGGGAAAAUUAAUUACACAGAAUUCUGUUUCUCUAUUAUACACGACAACACCACAUAAUCAUGGUGUCUGUAAUUUCGUUAAUACUUAAAUUAGUUUAAAUUGUAUGAGGUACGGUGGGAGAAGAUGGGACACCUUUUUAUUUUAUUUUCUCGUCCCAUUUGGUAGUAAACAAAGAUUUGUAAAACGGUUUUCCAACGCUCCCACAGACCAUUGUUAAUUGUUUAAAACACGAUCAGGAUAUUUGAAUAUUAUGUGCUAAAGGUGUCUCAUCUUCCCUAAUGGUAUAUACUACAGAACUGAACAUAGCAUAUUGCAUGUAUGGUUAAUGUACUUAAAAACAAUAAACUUGAAAUUUGAU